AUGGACGUGGACGGGACGUGGACGUGGACGUGGACGUGGACCGUGGACGUGGACGUGGACGUGGACGUGGACGUGGACGUGGACGUGGACGUGGACGGGGACGUGGACGUGGACGUGGACGUGGACGUGGACGUGGACGUGGACGUGGACGUGGACGUGGACGUGGACGUGGACGUGGACGUGGACGUGGACGUGGACGUGGACGUGGACGUGGACGUGGACGUGGACGUGGACGUGGACGUGGACGUGGACGUGGACGUGGACGUGGACGUGGACGUGGACGUGGACGUGGACGUGGACAUGGACGUGGACGUGGACGUGGAACGUGGAGUGGACGUGGACGUGGACGGGGACGUGGACGUGGACGUGGACGUGGACGUGGACGUGGACGUGGACGUGGACGUGGACGUGGACGUGGACGUGGACAUGGAUGGACGUGGACGUGGACGUGGACGUGGACGUGGACUGGACGUGGACUGUGGUGACGUGGACGUGGACGUGGACAUGGACGUGGAGUGGACGUGGACGUGGACGUGGACGUGGACGUGGACGUGGACGUGGACGGGAUGUGACGUGGACGUGGACGUGGACGUGGACGUGGACGUGGACGUGGACGUGGACGUGGACGUGGACGUGGACGUGGACGUGGACGUGGACGUGGACGUGGACGUGGACGUGGACGUGGACGUGGACGUGGACGUGGACGUGGACGUGGACGUGACGUGGACGUGGGGGGGGGGGUGGACGUGGGACGUGGACGUGGACGUGGACGUGGACGUGGACGUGGACGUGGACGUGGACGUGGACGUGGACGUGGACGUGGACGUGGACGUGGACGUGGACGUGGACGUGGACGUGGACAUGGACGUGGAGGUGGACGUGGACGUGGACGUGGACGUGGACGUGGAACGGGGGACGUGGAUGGACGUGGACGUGGACGUGGACGUGGAACGUGGACGUGGACUGGACGUGGACGUGGACGUGGACAUGGACGUGGACGUGGACGUGGACGUGGACGUGGACGUGGACGUGGACGUGGACGUGGACGUGGACUGGGACGUGGACGUGGACGUGGAGUGGACGUGGACGUGGACGUGGACAUGGACGUGGACGUGGACGUGGACGUGGACGUGGACGUGGAAGUGGACGUGGACGUGGACGUGGACGUGGACGUGGACUGUGGACGUGGACGUGGACGACGUGGACGUGGACGUGGACGUGGACGUGGACGUGGACGUGGACGUGGACGUGGACGUGGACAUGGACGUGGACGUGGACGUGGACGUGGACGUGGAGAUGGACGUGGACGUGGACGUGGACGUGGACGUGGACGUGGACGUGGACGUGGACGUGGACGUGGAUCUGGACGUGGACGUUGACGUGGACAUGGACGUGGAGUGGACGUGGACGUGGACGUGGAGUGGACGUGGACGUGGACGUGGACGUGGACGUGACGUGGACGUGGACGUGGACGUGGACGUGGACGUGGACGUGGACGUGGACGUGGACGUGGACGUGAAGGUGGACGUGGACGUGGACGUGGACGUGGACGUGGACGUGGACGUGGUGGACGUGGACGUGGACGUGGACGUGGACGUGGACGUGGACGUGGACGUGGACAUGGACGUGGACGUGGACAGGACGUGGACGUGGACGUGGACGUGA